CAGAUUCAACCAAAAUUCACUUAACAAAAUCUGAACAACUCCUUCGAAUAGAUGACCAUGAUUUUGCAAUGAGACCUGGAUUUGGAGGACCAGCAGUAAGAGUUGGUAUAGAUGUCCAGAUUGAAAGCAUUGACAGCAUUUCUGAAGUUGAUAUGGACUUUACGAUGACCUUGUACCUAAGACAUUACUGGAAAGAUGGCAGACUUGCUUUUCCAAGUUCCAACAACAAAAGUAUGACAUUUGAUGGAAGAUUAGUCAAGAAAAUUUGGGUUCCAGAUGUAUUUUUUGUUCAUUCUAAGAGAUCUUUCAUACAUGACACCACUAUGGAGAAUAUCAUGCUAAGGGUGUAUCCAGAUGGCCACAUACUCUACAGUCUAAGGACAACUGUCACUGCUAUGUGUUCAAUGGAUUUUAGCAACUUUCCUCUUGAUACUCAGAACUGCUCACUUGAACUGGAAAGUUAUGCCUACAAUGAAAAAGAUCUACUGCUUCACUGGAAGAAUGAAAAUGAACCACUUAAAACAGAUGAGCAGAUUUUACUCGCUCAGUUCUUCAUAGAAGAAUUUCGUGCUUCAAGUGGACUUGCUUUUUAUAGCAGUACUGGUUGGUACAACAGAUUGUUUAUUCAUUUCAUCCUAAGGAGGCACAUUUUCUUUUUUCUUUUACAAACCUACUUUCCAACCAUGCUAAUGGUCAUGUUGUCUUGGGUUUCCUUCUGGAUUGACAGAAGAGCAGUCCCAGCUCGUGUUUCAUUGGGAAUUACAAUUAUUCUGACAAUGUCGACAAUUAUAACUGGAGUGAAUGCAUCUAUGCCUCGAGUAUCAUAUGUUAAAGCUGUGGAUGUCUACCUAUGGGUCAGCUUUCUCUUUGUUUUCCUUUCUAUAAUUGAAUAUGCAGCUGUAAAUUAUAUAACCACUGUUGAAGAAAGGAUGAAAAUGAAACAGAGAGAGAAGUUUUCAGAUUCCUUUAGGUUGAAUCAGACGCAAAUCAUGGCUUUCGAUGGUUGCUACCAUGAUAGUCAGCUGGAUCUGUCACACUACGCUGAUGCUCACUUAAAUGUACCAAACACUGAAGGUAGUGAACGUGCAUCCAGCCCAAAUCCAGAUGGUCAACAAUUAAGAAGAAAUAAGUCUACUAAGGGGAACGUUGCCGAAAUUAUUAUAAAGAACAAUCAUGCUAUUGACACUUACUCAAGGGUUUUAUUUCCUGCAGCAUUUCUUGUUUUUAAUUUCAUUUACUGGUGCUUAUUUUCAUAA